AUGGACCGACUACUUCAAGCGCUAGCAGAAGCUGCGCUAAGCCAGGAGCACACAUUACGUCAGAUCAGGGAGUCACAAAAGCAAAUCGGUGAAUCACAAAAGCAAAUGACAGAGAUACUAUCACAUCGAAUAUCGGGAACGGACGAUACUGCAAAGUCGUCGCAAUUCGCAAAUCUGGCUACACGGCUCGGUAAAUUCGUUCAUGACCCGGCAAGGGGUAAAACUUUCACGUUGUGGUUUGAACGACAUAGAAGCACUUUCGCGGAAGGAGCGAAGGGUUUAACCGAUACGGAGGGAAAAGAGCUACUUCUUAAUGCUCUCGGGGACGAGUAUCAACAAUUACUCAGUCGUUUAUCGUCGAAGAAACCACAAGAGAUGUCUCUUGCAGAUCUCGUGCAACAUCUUCGAAAACAGUUCCACGAUAAUAAAACGUUAUUUCAACGUCGUUUUGAAGCUCUCAAUUUUCGUGCUUCCCCGCUAACAACGGCUAUAGAAAUACUUGACAAAGUAAAUGUUUUGGGAGAUGCCUUUGAGCUCGAUAAUUUCAAUAUCGACCAGAUCAAAAUUCUACUAACGGCUCUCGCCCUAAGCGACCACACCUACUACACGGAGCGAACAGUCCUCUUCAAGGUUGCAUCAGAAAAAGAAAACUGCACAUUUCAAGACAUUAGAGAAAUCUGCUACGCACAUGCGAACCGCACGGCUGACGUCAUGCGUGUUGAAGGACAGCGCUUCUUCGAAAUCAACGCGGUCAGCCAAUCUACGAAGAAUUCACCUAAAAAGAAAGGUAAAUAUUACGAAAAGAAAACAAAUCCUACUACACUACAUUACGAGAAAAAGAGAAAUUCUACUACAUUAUCGCCAUGCUAUGGCUGCGGUUCCACGAAACACAGACGGGAUGCAUGUCCGUUUAAGAAUGCAACGUGUAGAAUCUGCAAGAAAACGGGACACAUUGCUAGAGUUUGCUUAUCAAAGCAACGAAAUAAAAUAAAUACUGUCACAUUACAAGGUAUUCUAGGCACAGGACAUCGAUAUCGCAAAUUCGCGCAUAUUACUAUCAAUAACAAGCCAUUGAAAAUGCAGCUGGAUACAGAAGCGGACGUAACUACGAUCGGGAGAGAAACUUGGACACGAAUCGGUCGUCCAAAACUCCAAUCGCUUACUACUUCAUGUGUGAAUGUUUCAGGACAUCCACUGCAUAACAUAGAAUUUUUAACGCCUUACUUGGCUACAAAGACUGUAUGA